AUCUACCAUUCACUUUCACCGGCUUUCAUCUACUAUCACAAUGGCACCCAAGAACCUUGCCGGCUCCCAGAAGGGAUUCAUCAGCACAGUCUUCGACGAGGCUCGUAAUCCCGAGAACGCUACUAUCGUUCGCAGCCUCGCCAUCUUCACUGUCGGCGUCGCUUUCCUCCACAGCAGCCUCGGCGAGAUCCUCCUCCCUCCUAUGUAAACCAACCAUAUACUCGAAGCUCGAACUCCCAUCCUCUCAACAUGAAUCGUUUCUCUACGAAAGCAUAAUGGCGUCGGCCAGGGGACCAAGUUGCAUAGACAUUGGUCUGAUGCUCCUCUUUUUAUCUGUACAAUAGUCUCUUCGCAAGGGCACCGUCACAUGACUACAUGGGCUGUGCCACAGCUUUGUUAUGAAUACCAAGGAUUGUGACUGUCA